AUGGCGUCUGUAUGGGAUGAUUUGGAUCUCCUUUUGGAUUCACCAUCCUCACUGACAACAACUUCAACAGCCAGAGGUACUAUCAAAGACAAGGCAGGUUUUAAUGCCAGUGAGGAUGCUGCGGCUCUGAGGAAAGCUAUUGAAGGCAUUGGCACCACAGAGAAGACCCUGAUUGAUAUUCUCACCCAGAGAAGCAAUGCCCAGCGUCAGUUGAUAUGUAAAGCCUACCAGGAAGCAACUGGAAGGACUCUCGCUGAUGACCUGGAGGGUGACACUCAUGGGGAUUUCGAGGAUGUGCUGGUGGCUCUUAUCACUCCGCCUGCUCUGUUUGACUGCAGAGAAUUUGAACGUGCCAUAAAAGGCGCAGGGACUUCAGAGAGUGUCUUGAUUGAAAUAUUUGCAUCUCGGUCCAACAAACAAAUCAAGGCAUUGUCAGAUACCUAUUUGGCAGAUACCGGGAGAUCACUACUUCAUGACCUGAAAUCUGAAGUUUCGGGUGACUUUGCUAAAACUUUAUUGACAUUAGCUGAGGGAAAGAGAGAUGAGAGUACGCAAGUAGACAUGGCAAAAGCUAAAGAGGAUGCAAAGACCCUGUAUGAGGCUGGAGAGAAGAAGUGGGGGACAGAUGAGAGCAAGUUCAUCGACAUAUUAUGCCACAGGAGUGUUCCUCAGCUCAGGCAGACUUUGGUGGAGUAUAAGAAUCUGAGUGGGAAAACCCUGCAGGAGAGCAUUGAGAGCGAGAUGUCAGGGAAUCUAGAAAAGGUCCUUGUGGCUAUAGUGAAAUGUGUCAAGAACGUCCCUGCCUUUUUUGCUGAGCGUCUCUUUAAGAGCAUGAAGGGUGCAGGGACUACUGAGUCCACCCUUACGAGAAUCAUGGUCAGUCGCUCAGAGAUUGAUUUGCUGGACAUCAGAGCAGAGUACAAAAAACUGUUUGGCUGCUCUUUAUACUCUGCCAUUCAGUCAGAGGUAGCAGGUCACUUUGGCCAGUGUCUGAAGAACCUUUGUGGAGGGGAUGACUAA